AUGUCGCUAGCAGACGAGCUCCUCGCAGAUUUAGAUGACACAGAGGCUGUCGAAGAUGAAGAAGAUCCUUUUACUUCAGCAAAAGCGGAAUUAGUUGAUGCCAGCAUAGUUGAGAAUGGUGAUGUUGAAAUGUCAGAUAUUUCAACAGCCGAUGUCUCGGUGUUGCCCGAAAAUCUUGUCGGCCCGUUAAAACCGACGCACUUUCUUAACGCACCUAUGGUUAAUGCACCAAUAACCGCUUUUGCAAAGCUUCGAAACAGCGAAAAGCUUACCAACGUCAUGAGUCAAAUUGACGCGUUUUCAAGACAGGAUAAGCGGGGACCUAUUUUGGGCCCUGUUGAAGCUGACCCUGAGUACAAUUGUAUAGUUGAGUCCAACAACUUAGUUGUUGAAAUAGAUAAUGAAAUAGAUAUUAUUCACAAGUAUGCAAGGGAGAUUUACCAGCGUCGUUUUCCUGAACUGGAGUCUCUUGUACCUCUUCCCAUGGAUUACUUAAAAGUGAUAUUGGCUCUCGACAAUGACAUCUUGGAGCGAUCAAAAAAUACGAGUCUACUGGCGUCUUUCUUGACACCCGCGACUAUUAUGGUUGUCUCCGUGACAGCCUCUACAACCCAAGGCGUUCCGCUAGAACCGGGUGCUCUGAAUCGAGCCAAAGAUGCCUGCGUAAUGGCUAUUGAGUUGUUUGAAAUGCGGAAGACUAUUUUGGACUACGUGGAAUCACGAAUGUCCUUCAUUUCACCCAACGUAAGCAUCCUCGUGGGUGCUUCCACUGCUGCUAAACUGAUGGGUCGUGCCGGGGGUCUUACUGCGCUGUCCAAGAUGCCGUCGUGCAACGUCCAGGUGCUUGGAGCGCAGCGCCGAAGUCUGGCCGGCUUCAGCAACAACGCCAGCCUGCCGCACACCGGCUACAUCUACUACUCAGAAUUCGUGCAGAAGCUGCCGCCUGAUCUGCGCUCCAGGGCGGCACGUUUGCUCGCGAACAAGGUGACACUGGCUGCCCGAGUUGACUCCUUCCAUCGCUCGCAGGUUGGUGCAGUCUUGGGUCUAGUGUCUCCACAACCUUUUGGUUCUUCCCGGUGUUUAAAAUUCUCCCUCUGGUGGUUGCUCGGUGUUCUCAUGGUUGCAAAUCACAUCGACGGAACAAUCGGUGAGCAGAUGCUCUUGGAGGUUGAGAAGAAGAUCGACAAGUGGCAGGAGCCACCGCCAGUCAAGCAGAUCAAAGCCCUCCCCGCUCCCAUCGACCCACCGGCCAAAAAGCGUGGUGGGCGACGGUACCGCAAGAUGAAGGAGCGACUGGGUAUGACGGAGUUGCGCCGGUCCGCAAACCGCAUCCAAUUUGGUCAGGUGAGCGAGGACGCCUACCAAUCGGAUUUGGGCUUCUCGUUGGGGUCCCUGGGCCAGCGGGGCAUAGCUGGGCACCUCCGGGUGCCCAAUGCCGACUCAAAAACAAAGGCCCGUGUCAGCAAGGCACUGCAGCAGAAGCUCUCCAAGUACGGCGGUCUCUCAACCAUGCCAACCACGGUUUUGGGAGCGACAAGCUGGGGUGGUGCGUCAUCGAUUCGACGAACUGCUGGCUCGGAAACCGCGGGCACGGCGUCUUCGGUGACAUUUACACCAGCACAGGGUCUCGAAAUCGUGAAUCCCAUGGCUUCAGAAAAGCAGGUCGAUGAGCACAAGAGAUACUUCAGCGCGACCGCUGGCUUCGUCAAAUCGAAAGCAAACUCCAAUGAAGGCAUGCCACCGCCAGCGCAACCAACAACAAAGUAA